AUGAAUGAUCCUCGCCCUUAUCACAUUCUCAGCUAUGGUACCCUGCUGGGCACCCAGUUCUUCCAGUCCUUCGUAGGCGGGAUCGUGGCCUUCCGCGCCUUGCCGCGGCCACAGUUUGCAAGCCUGCAGACCGCCAUCUUCCCCGUCUAUUUCUCUAUGCAGACCGCGCUUCCAGUCGUUGUGGCUCUGACAGCUAGCCGAGGAGGCCAAGCGCUCGGUGUUUCUGGGCUUUUGGCCUCCGAGAACCGGUUGAACACGUUCUUGCCGAUGGCCACUGUUGCCAUCACUGGCUUGAUCAACAUGUUCGUGUUGCGCCCCCUAACAACCAAGAUCAUGCGAGAGCGCAAGCACCAAGAAACCCGCGAUGGCAAACGGAGCUACGACCCUGCUCCCCAUUCUAAGGAGAUGGUGACCCUUAAUAAGAGAUUCGGACGUAUCCAUGGAAUGUCCAGCCUGGUCAACAUGGUUAGCUUUAUCGCAACAGUCUACUACGGUGCUGUUCUGAGCAAGAGAUUGGAGUAA